AUUCAACCUGACGCAAUGACGUAUCCAGCCACUUCCGCUCCUGCAGGAAAAACACUCGUGAAGUUUGCGAACGGGGACACGAGCAGGAGAUGGGCUGAACCGAACCACUUCAGCGGUAAUAAACGGAUUACUGAUAUCAGAGAGAGAGGGGAAUGAGUGGUGUGAAGAGAGGGGGACAUGCCUUACGUGGACCGGCAGAACCGCAUCUGCGGUUUCCUGGACAUCGAAGAAUUGGAGAACAGUGGCAAGUUCCUGCGACGAUAUUUCAUCUUGGACACGCAGCAGGGUAGUCUGGUGUGGUACAUGGACAACCCACAGAACCUGCCUGUAGGUGCCAAACACGUGGGUUCUCUCAGUCUCGCCUACAUAUCCAAGGUCAGUGAUGCCACCAAACAGAGGCCAAAAGCUGAGUACUGCUUUGUCAUCAAUGCAGGAAUGAGGAAAUACUUUCUGCAGGCUAAUGAUGAGCAGGAUCUUGUGGAAUGGGUCAACGCGCUCAAUAAUGCAACCAAAAUCACAGUUCCUAAGUCCUCUGAUGCUGUUCUCUCUGAGAGUCAGAGGUUGGCUUCAAAUGGAAGCAAGAAACAGGUCCCAUACAAGACUGAGAUCAUUGCAGGAGUGGCUGUCGUCACACAGACACAGGAUGGAGAGGUGGGACACAGUGUUGGAGGAGAGAAGGUGGGCUUGAGGAAGGCUCAGAACCAUCCGCCAUAUUUGCACACUAGAGCAGGGCAGGAUCAGACCGUUAUUAAAGCAGGAUACUGUGUCAAACAGGGGGCUCUGAUGAAGAACUGGAAGAGGAGAUAUUUUGUUUUGGAGCAGAACUCAAUGAGUUACUUCAAGUCUGAUCUGGAGAAGGAUCCUUUGCGGAUUAUUCUUCUGAAGGAGGUCCAUAAGGUGCAGGAGUGCAAACACAGUGAAAUAAUGAUGCGAGACAACCUCUUUGAAGUUGUCACAACCUCCAGAACAUUUUAUGUCCAGGCUGAUAGUCCAGAGGAGAUGCACAGCUGGAUCAAGGCUGUAUCAGGAGCCAUUGUGGCUCAGAGGGGCCCAGGCCGGUCCGCAGCCUCUAUGCGUCAGGCCAGAAGGCAUUCAAGCCCCUGUAUUCAGAGAUACACACCACGUGUCACUCAAGGCAGCACGAGUUCAUUGUUGGCGGGUCCUGUUUCUACCGCCAGCACACGAGUCAUGCCAUCCCCUGGACGCCCAGCCCUGCCGUGUCAGCAAACCCAGAAUGCCAUGGUCCCACGAGGCCUGGCAUGGGACAGCGAGCACUUCAUGAGCCUGCUGCCCUUGCCCCGCCCACACGCCCGCCUGUCACUGCAAGAGACCCGCCUCUCCAAGUGACUCACGAAUCGCCAUGGCGACGACGUAGCAGCUUUGGAAUGUGUGAUGCUCCUUUGCUCCACCUUGAUCUGGAUGGUGCGGAUCUUCCUGUCAGUGAGGUCUGACAGUUUUACAUUCAACUUUUACAACUGACCCUGAAAUAUUGAGAUGUGUGUGCCGAGUCUAGGUGAUGGAAGGAUGAUUUGGGGAUAGAUGACCAGGUAUUCGGAUCCAAACUGGUUUGAUCUGAGCUGUUGACCAAAUUCUGAACUUUAUAACCGAUUAUGUCGAAUAAAAAAAGCUUCAGUCAUGUUCAUCUAAAACAGGAACACUACUACCACAGUGAUUCAGACACCAAAGAUUCUUCAAAGUACCUCCUAAACUUUGAGCAUCUGUUGAAAAGUACUGAAAGAAAAGAAACAUUUGUGGAAUACGGAUUAAUUAUCACCUAAACUGAAAUUGUUUCUGGGACUGUGUCAGAGGAAGUGAAUAUUUGCGCCAUCACAUGGAUUUGAAUUUGGAAAAGGCUGUUUGAGUGCUUGUGAGAAGUUAAUAUCUCUGUUAAUAUCCGAGAAUUCCCCUUCACUGAGCAUUACAGAACGUACUUCAGUUUCCUCCUUUUUUUCCUGUACAGUUUCCUAUUAUUAUUAUACAUAUAUAUUUUUUACAUUUUUCUAUGUGCUGUUAAUGCGACUAAUUUGAUCUUGUGGACUAUGCUGGGGUUUAUUGUGACUGACAUCUUUUAUCCACACUUAUACAUAUGGGUGAAUUCUUGUAGCUAUAAUAUUAUUGUUUGUUUCUUGCUUCGCUGAACGACAUCCCUGGCAUUCUGGGUAUGACUGUACAUGUCUGACCAUGUGAGUGAAAGUUUGCUGUUGAUUGUUCAUUUAGUUUUUUUGUGAAUUGUUGGGAUUUGAAUAUGACUACUAUGAUAAAAUUCUUUUCAGUGUAUUUUUUUUUAUCUUUGCACUGAUUCAUUUUUGUCCUCUGUCUAAAAAAGUGCCUGUCUUUUUCCCUCUAAAGGUCCAGCAGUUUUAACCCUCAGUUUUUUGUUUUUGUGCUGUAACCAUUUUAAUCUUGUUUGUUAGUUAUUUAUUAUAUGAAAAAGCAAUAAACCAAGUCUGAAUUUA